AUGGACCGACCAUGUAAAAUCGGCCUAUUCUCGCCAUAUGACCACGCCUACAGCGGCGGAGUCCAGAGUCAUAUUCGGGAACUCGCCGACCAGUUUCGGAUGUGGGGCCAUACGGUACGUAUCGUGGCUCCAAGUUCAUCCCCACUGCCCGAUGACGACCCUGACUUCGUACCAAUGGGGCGUGCAGUUCCUCUGCGAAGCGCAGACUCCAUUGCCAGGGUCUCACUCUCAGUGUGGCUUGAUCCACAGAUCAAGUCGCUUCUACAGAGGGAGCAGUUCGAUAUAGUACACAUGCACGAACCCCUUGUAGGCUAUCGCAGACGCCGUGUAUGGUGGGCCAUAGGUCCGGACCGGUUGGCGAAUCGGCUGCUAAAUCGACUUCAUGGAAGAAUAGCCGUGUCAAAUCCGGCGGCCCAUUUCGUCAACAGUCACUUUCCCAGCGACUAUCGGAUCAUUCCGAAUGGCGUCCGGGUGGAUGACUUCAGCGACGCGGAGCCCCUGCCGGAACUGAUGGACGGUAAGACCAACAUCCUAUUCCUGGGCAGGCUCGAAAAGCGCAAAGGACUGAAGUACCUGCUGACGGCGUACAGCCGUCUCAAGUGGGACAGACCAAAUAUACGACUGAUCGUGGUCGGUGGCGGCCAGAUGGACGCUGACUGCUAUCGAAUAAUGAGCGAGCGCAACCUGCAGGACGUCUUAAUCGUCGGGCGCACCUCGGACAAGAUGCGGGAAAGGUACUUCAAGUCCGCGCACAUCUACUGCUCUCCGGCGACCGGCAAGGAGAGCUUCGGAAUCGUACUACUCGAGGCUAUGGCUGCGGGCGCGCCAGUGGUGGCAACCGAGAUCGAAGGUUACGCCAGCGUCGUAGAGCAUGGACAGAACGGUCUUCUGGUUCCUCCCAAGGAUGAAGAGGCACUCGCGCAGGCUAUCACCGCAGUGAUAGAUGACGACAACCUUCGACAGCGGCUAGUUGCGGAGGGAGUCAGGACUGCUGACAGUUUCCGAUGGGAACGCGUGGCGAGUCGAGUAAUGGACUACUAUGAUGAGUUCGUCCCGGAGCAAACUGCCGCCGCAACCGCGUAG